UCCGCAGCCAUGGGCGCCGCCCGGCCGGCCGCCCGGCGCGCCAGAUGGUCUGCACCCGUGUCUCUGGUGUGCUGUCUGCUUUUGGCCAGCUUGCAGAUAGCUUCAGCACAAAACGAGCAGCCCCCGGAUGAGAGGGUGGACUACGCCUACUACUACUACGACUAUGACGAGGAGGGCGAUACAGAUGGCCAAGCCGCGGGCAGAGGGCCAGAGCCAGGAGUGGCGCCGGGUGGCGGCGCAGGGCCCGGACUUGGCUCUCCCGAUUACGGUGCAGGUUUGCCCGAUGUAUCGGUCUCGCUGCCCUGCUCCGACUAUCGUCCGGGUGAGGACGACCUCCAGGCCUUCGACUUUAUCCGCCGCUUCAAGCUGGACGUGCUGGAGAAGAGGUUUCCGGGCGUCAGCAAAGUGCGCGGCUCGAACCGGGUGCAGGUGGCCUACCGUCUGGAUGCCUCCGCCGACCUCAGCAUGGCCACCAGGACGGUGUUCCCGCUGGGCCUGCCGGCCGAGUUCAGCUUCAUCUCCACCUUCCGCGCACGCAAGCUGUUCCAACGGCCGUGGGACGUGCUGCGCAUCAGCGACCUGCGCGGCCGGCCUCAGUUUGCCGUCACGCUGAACCCGCAGGAGCAGCUGGUGCAGUUCAUGCUGCCCGACCUCAGCGGAGGAACGCAGCAGAUCGACUUCGCCGGGCUCAAUAUAUUCGACCGUAACUGGCACAAGCUGCACUUCGGCGUGUCGCGGACGGAGGUCAUGCUGUACGUGGACUGCCAGCUGGUCAGCUCGUUCCCGCUGUCGCCGGUCGGGCCCAUCGACGUCAAUGGCGACAUCGUCAUCGGCAAGUCCACCAACUCGGCGAAGACGGUGCCGAUUGACCUGCAGUGGAUGGUGAUGAACUGUGACCCGACCCGGCCAGAGAGGGAAGAGUGCAGCGAGCUUCCGAGUCCUGCGGAGCCCCAGAUUGGGCCGACCCCCUGCGAGACCGUGUGCCCUCAGGGCCCACCCGGCUUUAACGGCACCAAGGGCGAACCUGGGCCGCCCGGGCCCCGCGGCGCCAUCGGCUCGAUCGGCGAGCCCGGCGUGCCCGGCUUCCCCGGCUCCCCGGGCCCACCGGGCCUGACUGGACAAGCCGGUCUGCAGGGGCCGCCAGGACUGACCGGGCAGUCUGGACGCUCAGGUCCCAAGGGGGACAGGGGCGACCAGGGGCCGCCGGGACCGAGGGGAGAACGGGGCCUCCAGGGCGUGUCCGGCCAGCGGGGCCUCAAGGGCGAGGAGGGCCUGCGCGGCACGGACGGCCGGCCGGGCGUGGACGGCCUGCCGGGCGCGCAGGGCCCGCCCGGCGACAUCACCCGCGUGGUGGGCCCUAUCGGCCCGCCGGGGCCGCCCGGCGUCGGCGGCACACCGGGCGUGUCUGGGCAGGACGGUGUGCCCGGCCGUCCGGGGCCGCCCGGCGAGCCCGGGACGAGAGGCUCACCCGGCGUGGACGGCAGGCCCGGCACCACGGGUGCGAUAGGCUCCAAGGGCCAGCCCGGUCAGCCGGGCCCUGUCGGCCAGCAGGGACUACCCGGGCCGCCGGGGCCGUACGGUCCGCCCGGUAGCCAGGUGGCGGGCGAGACGGUACCGGGACCGGCCGGGGUACCGGGCCAGCCCGGCUCGCCAGGCCUGACGGGCCCCGAGGGACCCGCCGGACCGCCGGGCCCGCCCGGAGAGGUCGGCCGGCAGGGACCCAGAGGAGACAAGGGUGAGCGAGGGCCGUCCGGGGUGCCUGGCCAGGACGGUCUGCGCGGUUUCGCCGGCUCGCCCGGUCUGGACGGUGGACCGGGCGCGAAGGGCGAGCCGGGUCUGUCCGGUCUGCUCGGACCACAGGGGCCGCCCGGCGCGCCCGGACUGUCGGGACCGUCGGGCCCAGCCGGCGGCGUGGGCCUGCCCGGCCAGAAGGGCGACAGAGGCGAGGCAGGCCGAGACGGCGCCGUUGGGCCGCAGGGGCCCCCCGGACCGUCCGGUCUGCCCGGCGAGCGAGGCGAGACGGGCCAGGCAGGCCUCGACGGUCAGCCGGGACCUCGUGGCGAGGCCGGCCUCCAAGGCCCGCCGGGCCCGCUAGGGCUGCAGGGUCUCAAGGGCCACCCGGGCCGCCAGGGCGCCGAGGGCGAGCCGGGGCCGAAGGGCCAGCGUGGUGAGCCUGGCCUCACCGGCAAGGACGGAACUCCGGGUGAGAUCGGCGCGCCGGGUCGCCCUGGUCGCCGCGGUAGGAUCGGCUUCAAGGGCGACCAGGGCGCCGCCGGCGAGGCGGGCCCGGUGGGCCCCCGUGGCCUGCAGGGCCCACAGGGCAGCACCGGUUCGCCCGGUGAGCUGGGCCCGCAAGGACUGCCCGGCCUGCCCGGCCACAAGGGGCCGCCGGGCGCGCCCGGCCCGCCGGGCCCGCCCGGCGAGGUGCAGUACCUGGCUGCGUCGACAGAGGGCAGGCCGGUCGGCAUGCCUGGCGCUCGCGGGCCGCCGGGCGAACCCGGAAUGCCGGGAGAGCGGGGAGCAGACGGCAGGUCCGGCGGGAUGGGCCACAAGGGACCGGUGGGCGAGCCAGGCCAGCAGGGCUACCCUGGCGUGGCCGGACCAGCAGGACAGCGCGGCCCGCCCGGUCCCAGCGGAACACCGGGCGUGCCGGGCCGCACAUUCUCGGAGGAGGAGGUACGCGACAUCUGCGCCACCGUGCUGCGCGACAGGCUGGAGGAGCUGACGGCGCGCCUGCAGGGGCCGGCCGGCCGGCCGGGCCGCUCGCGGCGCGGGCCGCGUGGUUUCCCUGGCGACCCGGGCCCGCCGGGCGACCGCGGCUUCCGUGGCCCGCCCGGCGACCGCGGCAUGCCGGGCCUGAACGGCGCCAGCGGCCUGCCGGGCCCGCACGGCCCGCCCGGCGAACGCGGUGACCAGGGCCCGCCAGGACCGGAGGGCGUCGGCAUCGAGGGACCCAUGGGACCCAGCGGCACGCCAGGUCCUCCCGGACCGCCGGGUGUGGGCCUUCCGGGCCGCGUCGGGGAGCGGGGCGAACAGGGUCGGCCCGGCCUGCCGGGCGUCCAGGGGCCGCCCGGCACCGCCGGCCAGCCCGGCUUCUGCGAGUUCUGCAACUAUCCGCAGGCGUAUGCGCAGCAGGCGUACGUCCAGGCCGGUAGCAAGGGCCCUGACUUCAAGGGGUGAGGCGGCCGGCGACGCGGGCGCUGACUGGCGGCGGCGACAGGAAGCUUGCCUCUUCGAAAUGGGGUUGCGCGAGAGAGUGAGAACUGAGGCGGGCGCGUACAUGAUGCGGGGACUGCCCUUGAAUUAUGCACGGAUGCUUUGUCGGAGAGAAAUCGCUACAAGCGUCUUAAUUUAGGAUCGUUUAAGUGAUAAUUACAGCCAUUUUGGCCCAUGGAGGCUGAAAGGUUGUUUGCAAUAAGUACUUGCAGAUUGCCUUUAGAUAUUAUUUUUUAAGGUUCAUAUAAUUUGUCUGAUGUGCACAUCACUGCCAAUUAUGUACGCUUCUCUGUACGCAUGUGCCAGGUGCCUAGAGUAUGCUGUCAGCCGUGUGAAUGACGAAUUGCACUGCGUUGUGGGCUUUUGGGUUACUUCGACUUGCCUCCCAGGUCACUGACGUGAUUUAUUGAGCUAUAAGCGCACUGCCUCCCGUUUGAUUAGAAAUCAGGAGUGCUGUGAAUCCAGUGUCUUUAAAAAAUGUAUCCAACCAGGCAUUCGGGCAAUAAAACCUGCGCGGACA